GACUGUGUACAGACUGGUGCAGUUUAUUUUGGUUUAACUUCAGUUUUGAGUUACGUGUAUUUAAUUACGCGAAGUUUACUUCCCGAAAGUCCUGCUAAAUUAAUGUAAGUGCAGUGGAAUAAAAAGUGUAGAUUAGCAUGAAUUGUGUUAUUUAAUCUCGAUAAAGAAGACAGCAGGCCUACAGUGCAGCUGUUUGCAAAGACUAAGAAUUGCUACAAUGAUCUAUGUGUAGCUUGACUCUUUCAAGUGAAUGACUACAUAUGAUGAUACACCAUGACUUCCGUCAUAGCUCGCUCACAGGAGUACCUGAGUUUCAGAAGUACUGUAUCAUUAAAAAAAGUGGCGGUGGAUGAUGAUGACAGCAAGUACUGGACUGUCUACGAUGUUGGACCUCGCUCAGUCAAAUGCCCCAUCAUCUUCUUCCCUCCGGUCAGUGGUAAGGCUGAUGUCUUCUUCAGACAGAUGCUUGGUCUGUCAGCCAAGGGCUACCGAACUAUUUCUCUUGAAUACCCCAUACAUUGGACAAUGGAAGAUUUUUGCAUCAGCUUCAGGAAGCUGUUAGACCACAUGCAACUGGACAUGGUCCACAUAUUCGGCUCUUCAUUGGGUGGUUUCGUAGCCCAGAAGUUUGCUGAGUACACCUACCGGAGUCCCCGCAUCGUCUCCCUCAUCCUCUGCAACACGUUCAUCGACACAGAAGUCUUCCAGCAAACAGGCGCCGCUCAAACGUUUUGGAUGGUUCCGGGAUUCCUCCUGAAGAGGAUGGUAUUAAACAACUUCAGCCGAGAGCAACACGACGCCGACAUAACCAACUCAAUCGACUUCAUUGUAGAAAGGCUGGAGUCUUUGAGCCGGACCGAUCUUGCCAGUAGACUUACCCUGAACUGCACCAGUGCCUACGUUGAGCCUCAGAAGCUGCACGCUCUAGACAUCACCCUCAUUGACGUAUUUGAUGACUGUGCAAUCUCUCAGUCAGUCCGAGAGGAGGUCUAUAAGUGCUAUCCUGAUGCCAAGAGAGCCCAUCUCAAGAGUGGAGGCAACUUCCCCUACCUCAGCCGUACUGAUGAGGUCAAUCUUCACAUUCAGAUUCAUUUGAGAAAGUACGCACAGUCCCGUUACGACGCCCGGUCCCCGCAGGACGAGAUUACUGUCCCCAGCAUCACCAAGGCGAUGGGAAACCAUGGCGACAGUCGCCAGGAGACUGAGGACAAUGGAGACAGUGCAGGGGAGGUAGGAGACCAUGGAGAUAGUACCGGGGAAGCCACCGACCCGUUAGGCCUAGUGCGAGAAGACUCAUUCUCAGAAAAGCACUCGCAUGAUGACACGGAAGAUGAUCUCUAAACAGUACGUCUAGCCUUGUUCCCGCUGCAAUUUGAAAUAUGAAACCCUGACUAUUCCAGAUUCUGAAAAUCCAACGUUUUUUUUCUUCAGUUUCUUGCAUAACUUUGAAGGAUUCAGUUAAGUGGAACCAGACAACAGAGGUGCGUUCCAGUCACGGGAACGUGUUAGCGUUUAUUAGCUAGGCACUACAAACAUGCCAACCCCAAAUGGAAUGAUACAGUGCAACGCCGCUAUGAGGAACAUCGCGGGAUCCACAGAAAUUGUUCGUAAUAGCGAUCAUUCGGUGUGGCGCUUUUAAGGUGGCGAUGCGUCGGUACUCACU